GGAGGCGCGCCCAAGAUGGCGGCCUCCAUGUGCGACGUGUUCUCCUUCUGCAUGGGCGUGGCGGGCCGGGCCCGGGUCUCCGUGGAAGUUCGCUUCGUGAGCAGCUCCAAGGGAAAGGGGCUUUUUGCCACGCAGCUGAUCCGGAAGGGGGAGACCAUCUUUGUAGAACGGCCCCUGGUGGCUGCACAGUUUCUCUGGAAUGCACUUUAUCGCUACCGAGCCUGUGACCACUGCCUGCGGGCACUGGAGAAGGCAGAGGAGAAUGCCCGGAGGCUGACGGGGAAACCCGGCCAGGUGCUGCCUCACCCUGAGCUGUGCACUGUGCGCAAGGACCUCCACCAGAACUGUCCCCACUGCCAGGUGAUGUACUGCAGUGCAGAAUGUCGGCUGGCAGCUGCUGAGCAAUACCAUCGGGUCCUGUGCCCAGGCCCCUCCCAGGAUGACCCCCUGCAUCCUCUCAAUAAGCUGCAGGAGGCAUGGAGGAGUGUUCACUACCCCCCUGAGACUGCUAGCAUCAUGCUGAUGGCCCGGAUGGUGGCCACAGUGAAGCAGGCUAAGGAUAAGGAUCGCUGGAUCAGGCUCUUCUCCCAGUUCUGUAAUAAAACGGCCAAUGAGGAGGAAGAAAUUGUCCACAAACUCUUGGGGGACAAAUUCAAGGGCCAACUGGAACUUCUGCGGAGACUCUUCACAGAGGCCCUUUAUGAGGAAGCACUCAGCCAGUGGUUCACUCCAGAUGGAUUCCGGUCUCUCUUUGCGCUUGUUGGGACCAAUGGCCAAGGAAUUGGGACCAGCUCCCUGAGCCAGUGGGUCCAUGCCUGUGACGCUCUGGAGCUGAAGCCACAGGACCGCGAGCAGCUGGAUGCUUUCAUUGACCAGCUGUACAAGGACAUCGAGGCAGCAACUGGCGAGUUCCUUAACUGUGAAGGAUCAGGCCUUUUUGUGCUUCAGAGCUGCUGCAACCACAGCUGUGUCCCCAAUGCAGAGACCUCCUUCCCAGAAAACAACUUCCUUUUGCAUGUCACCGCCCUGGAGGAUAUUAAGCCAGGAGAGGAAAUCUGUAUCAGCUACUUAGACUGCUGCCAGCGGGAGCGCAGCCGCCACAGCCGCCACAAGAUCCUCAGGGAGAACUAUCUGUUUGUCUGUUCCUGCCCUAAAUGCCUGGCAGAAGCUGAUGAACCCAACGUGACCUCAGAGGAGGAGGAUGAAGAGGAGGAAGAAGGAGAGGCAGAAGAUGCAGAGCUGGGGGACGAGAUGACCGAUGUGUGAUGUCACCAUGCCUGGAAGGGGCCCUACCCCAGACUCUGCCAGAAAAUGGGGCCUUCCCCCAGAGAAGAGGCUUGGAAGGAACUCCCCACUCCCGUUGCCUGCUUCCCCCCGCCCCCCAUUCCAGCUGUUUCUGCCAGAGGGUAGGACAGAGGCUGGACCCUAGACCCUCCACUCCCCACCAGACCUCAUGCCCUGGACACUGCUGCUGAGUGGCUUGGGUUCUGCGCUGUGGCUGAGCCUUUCAGAAUUGGCCUCCUCCUGAUGUACUCCAUUCCAGAGUGUGAGCGGCUGGAACCAAGGUCAGGGCCUGACAGUAUUUCUCCCCCCUUGGCCCCGUGGCUGCACCUUCCCAUCCAUCUGCGGCCUCACCCGUCUCUACUUGCUAUUGAGGGGGUAACAAAGUGGCAGUCUGAGAACAGCCUUACUUUAUUGAAGAAGAAAGAAGAGGGGGUGCAUUGCCCUCACCUUCCCCACCUCCCAUCGUUGUAGCUUAUAAGGCAACUGCCUGACUACUAGCACAGCUGGGUGAGGCAGGAAGGAGGAACUGGGCCUCCAGAACACUUUCCCUAAGUCUCUGCCAGGAAACACUGAGCCAGGGGAAUUACCUUCCUCUCCUUGGACAUCUGGGGGAGUGGAGACUAACUCCUUCCCCAAACUCCAGAAUCUCUAUUUUGUGCCUUGCCUUUCAGGCCCUGGCACAGUGGCUGGCCCCACAGGGUACAGAAAAGGCUUCUGCUUCCCUCAGAAGGGGCGUGUGGGCGAUCAUUACCCCUUCCUCAUACCACUUCCCACUGAAGACUGGCAGCAUGGCUGAGACCUGGGGGUGACAGGCCUGUGCUUCUGAGGAUGCUCCGAAUGGUUCCCUGGGACCAAUUGAAUAUGGGUCAGUUAGGGGCUCUCCUGGCCUCGAUCCAUCUUUAGGGUCUCCGCAGAGGAACACUGAAGUCUUCCAGAAACUAGAAGAGCUGGGUUAGACACUCAGAGAUUAGCCCUGACUGUAACCUCCAACCCCAAACUAGCAGUACCCCUCACUCUUGUGUUGGAAGCUGUGGGAAUUAUAACCCAUCACCUGCGAUGCCUUUCUGCCUAUCUUCCCUAAGGGGUCUUCACAUCCCCCUGCUAAGGGAUCCUAGGAAGACAGGUGCCUGCCCACAGGCCCUUCUCUGGAUUAUGAGCCAGGUGGAGCCUUUCUGUCUGGCCUAUUGGGUUCUUGCUCCUUCACAGCAGCCAGCAUCCCCUCCUACCCCCGCCUGCCCACUCUUCUCAAUAAAAUGUGAGUGGUGACAGGCUCUGAAGGCAUGCUUGGUGGAGAAUGACUUGACAAACUGCUGGAGCACACAGCAGUCAUGUGGGUGGUGAAAAGGCUCGAAAGGUAGAUCAGAUAAUGGCAGGAGGUGGGAGCUCUAGCUCCCCAGUUUAGGCUCAUCUCUGGUCUCACCUACACUCCGCUUUGCUGAUGUUCUAAAUCCCCAGAGCAAGGAUCCUCCAUGGGCAAGCAUGGUUCCCCAGCACUAGGCAGCAAGAUGAGCCUUCUCCCCAGGGACUAUGGCUCCUAAGAUCUUAAGAAGGAGGCUGUGUUGGGAUCCAAGAUUAGCAAUCUGAGUAGAGGUCCUAAAAGACCUUGGACAAGUCAUUUAUUGUCUCUGGGCCUCAUUCUCCUCCCCUCAACACAAGAGCAUGGGGCCAGAUGGGUGAGUUUGAAGGCCCUCCCACCCAUGAGCUCUUAUCCUAGGACACAAUUGCAACCCUGAUGAGAGGCUUUAUUGCUAAAAGUCAGUGAGGGUUUAUUAAGUCCUCAAACACCAGCUCCUUAAACUACCCCAGUAACUGCUGUGAAGGACACAAGAGACCCUGGGUGGGGGAGGCUGGAGCCAGGUGAGAGGUGACAGGUCACAGAUGGCUUUCAGGCCAUCUGCCUUUAGCCCCUUUUGUUCCAGAUUCUAGCCAAUAAGCCCUGAGGCAUGUUUCUUGCAUCUUCCCAUAGCAUGAGACACCCUUGGGGGCCCUGGGGAAGGGAGAACAGUGGUGUGACUUCCCUUAGCCUAGCAGAGGCCCAAGCCUUUUUCCUCUACCCGGCUCCACCUAUCCCCAAAUGCUAUCUCCAAGUCCCAAACAGCAGAACUUCUGGAUUUCCCCUUCCCAGCCUAGAGCUGGCUGGAAGGUGGGACCAACUCUUCUACCAGAAGGUCCAGGGUGGUUGCAGCAGCUCAAAGGUGGGGAUGCUGGUGACAUUGACUGGAAUGGAAAUGAUGGCCCAUGGGAGCCCAUGCUGUUCCAGGGAGCGGCGGAUCAUGUAGCUGGGAGGGCAUGAAGAGAGGUGGGGAUGGUCACUUUCUCAGCACCCCAUCAUGCCCCACUGUCCCCAUCACUUGGGAGUUCCAUCCAGAGCCCAAGGACUUUUGACCCUCCAACUGGUUCACCCCAAGAUGAGGCUUGUGGGAGGGACUGGUGAUUGCCCUUGACCUCCAGAGACAAGGAGCCCUCACCCAUCUCGGCCGAGUAGGAAGAGGGCAGGGAUGUCAGCCGUGCGCUGGGUACUGUCCUGGAUCAUCUCCACGUAGAAGCUGUCAUUGUCAACUGCGUUGUCAGAGAUGAUCACCGCCCGCCCGCCAUGUUCCUGUACCACCCGCGUCUUGGAGAGGAAGGAGCAGCCCCUGGAAAAGGUGAUGAGAUCAAAGGAAAGGCAGGAUCUUAGCUACCCCUCCCCGAGGCCACCACCCUAGGAGGAUGAAAGGACCAUGGACAGUUUUUCAUAAAGGCUCAUAAAUAAAUGGCCAAAAAGCAUGGAUAACCUUAAAGAGACUUAAAAUGAUGAGUUAUUUAAAAACUAUUUCAAAGGACCGCCACCAUCAUUGACCUUAGGAGCUUUCCUAUUCCUGCCCUUCCCUUGCGCCAGUGCCUGUCCACUCCUCACCCCCUCUCCACCAGAGCGAUCUGGUCCUGGAUGAAGAAACCGUUGCUGAGUUCUCCACAGGCCUCUGAAGGUUCCGCGGGGACAAGGUGAAUCUGCUCAUACCUUGUGUGCUGAAAGACAUUUAGACAGGUCGACAUGUGAGGAGACGCACCUGCUUUAGGACCAGGCUGACAUCCUAUCCAUCCGUUCCUCACAAGGUGUGAAGAAAAGGUGUGGAGUGGUUUCUGUGUGCUGGGUACUUCAUUCUCACAAAAUAGUUGUCCUAUCCCUUUCCAGGAGACAGGCAAGGGAGUUGGUACGGAGCCAGAAUGAUGAAGUAACUUGCCUUAAGUUACAUCAUUCAGAGGUAGAGCUAGCAGGGCCCUUGGUUUUUCACUGUUUUGUGUUUCCAAGGACAGUUGGUCCCUCCGUGGUGCCCAGGGAAGUAACUGGAAGCCCUUCCUUCCUGCACUGCAGCCCCUGCACUGCUCCCUUCCAAGUCCCAGCACUCAAGUAUUGGUUGGAGGGAGGAGAGGGAUCACCUCAGCUUAGUGGGGACAAGAUGGUGACAGGAUCAGAGAGGAGGGAUCCUCCCCAAACUUACAAAGAUGCCACCAAAAUCCUUUGCAGGUGUAGCUGUGAAAAUGUAUCGAAUGUCUCCAGGACUCAGCACUUGGAAGUACAAAUAAUCAUGGAUGCGUAAGCCUGAAAAGUAAAAAGUACAGAUGAGAAGCCUCCAUGGACCUGUGUCUGCAAGUAGGCUGUCUAUAGUCAGGGCCUCAGGACCCAGUUUCAGCCAAGUGGGUCCUCCAGGUGGGUGAGAUAGAUGGUCCCUGCCUUGGGGAGGAUAGAGUUGAUACAGACAGAGUUAGUAAAUGUUAGUACAGACAGAUUUAUAACUGCUGCUGCUUGCAAAGGUGAGCCAGGAAGACAGCUCUAGUGUGAUCUCUGAGGGUUAAUCUGUCUUUGCUCUGAAGUGGACCUGAGAGUUUCCAAGUGAAGAUGUGUUAGUUUGGGUACAAAACACUAUUAAAACUGAAAAGUUGACUCUCUGGUCCCACUGCCA